UUAUCGUCUAGUCCGCUACAUAUAGUCAAACAAAUGAUAGCUCGCUCAGUUUCACAAGUUAACAUCCAAAAUGAUGUCGAGUUGGAGUGUUAUCGCGAUCAUUUUGUUACAGUGCUACGCGAGCCACAGUAUCAGCGUGUGUGACGACAUCUGUACUUGUGGUUAUAGAAAUAAUAAUGAAGAUUACCUAGGUAAAGAAAUUGAUUGCUCGUUUAAAAAUCAAGACCUACUGAUUAACAAUUACACUCUGCCAAAUGUGGUGUGCUCGCUAGAUUUGUCAUCUAACAACUUGAUAAGUAUACAAAAGUCGAACUUGCUGCGUUCGGACACACUCCUCGAGCUGUAUCUGAACAGGAAUAACAUAACAGACAUAGCUGUGACCGCCUUCGCUUUACCUGAACUGAAGAUUUUGGAUUUGAGCUUUAAUAACUUGGAAUAUAUUGAUCCAGAAGUUUUUAGAGGUUUGAACAAAUUGGAAUAUUUGAAUCUGGCAAACAACAAGUUCACGGCAAUCAGCAGUCUUCGAUUCCACCAUUUGAACAAUCUAAAUAAAAUUGUACUGGACUUUAACAGGUUAGGGCCCAGUAUGAUGGAGAUAAACUUAUUCGAUAGAAAUGGCUUUGGACUGACAAACAAGAUCAAAAGUCUGAGCAUUAAAGGAAUCGAUCUCGACAGAAUUCCAGAUAACUUCUUCGCCGAUUUAUACGAUAUACGACAGUUAACAAUAUCGGAUAACACUUUGGAAGAUAUCUUCGAACUCCCGACUACUUUGGAAUACUUGGAUUUAUCGAAUAAUCCAAUCAAAGAAAUUUCAGAGGAAGAUUUCGUGGACGUUCCAGGAUUAAGGAGGUUGAAACUCAACAAUUUGCUGAUCAAAGAAGUUCCUGAUUACGUUUUCGCUCCAUUGCCCGGUUUGUUGAGUUUGGAUUUGGAGAGAAAUAGGAAUCUCACGUAUUUCAGUCGUUUGGCAUUUGGCCAUGAGGUGUUGGAAGAUGCCGACGAUUUCCUUAUGGAGAAAUUGUCGCUCAGAGGAUCGAGACUGUCGAAGCUGGACGAAGACCUUUUAAAACCCUUUGGUAGAUUAUUCCACCUAGACUUGCAAGGCAACCCAUGGGUAUGUGACUGCGACAUUGUAUGGGUGAAGAGGUUGCAGAUAAACCCCAAAGACUACGACUACGUAAGAUGCGCCUUACCACGAUCCUUGUACAACAGCCGGAUAUUCGAGCUCGAAGAUAAAUACUUCAUAUGCAAGAGCACAAAACGAUAUAUUGGUGUAGCUAUAUCUAUAAUCACAUUAUUUGUGGCCACAUUCACUAUUAUGAUGUGGAUAUUAAAAUGUAUACCCAAGAGGAAGCUUGCCAAUUACAAUAUGUUCAAUCCAUACAUAGCGUAUACAACGCUUUCGGUUAAUAUGACAACAUAAUUAAAUUGGGGAAUGUGGAGCGCCCCACGUAUUAAUUAUAAGUCUACAAUUUCCGAACGAGAAUGUAGACGGCUAGACGAAGAGAGAUGCUACACUGCCGUAAACUUGCGGAACAGCAUCUAUAUGUCGAGAACGAGUUUUGGUGAAACAAAAUAAUGUUGCGGUCACUUAAAUUUGUUAAUUUUAUAUAUCUCUGAUCAUUUUUGGAGAUCGAGUGACCGGGGAAUUAAAAACUCCG